CGCUGAGCGAGGAGGAUGAAGAAGAUGAAGAAGAUCCUGGGGCUGCGAGGGAAGAGGAGGGGGAGGGAGCCCCUGCAGCCAUGGCAGACCCCUUCAGGCGGCGGAGGCGGAGGGGCGAAGGCGGCCUCCCUCCCGGGCUCAGGCGGCUACCAGGUCCGAAGCAAAGACCUGGGCAAGCUGCACCGGGCGGCCGCCGAAGGGAACCUGGGCGAGCUCCGUCACCUGCUGCAGAAGCACGACCUGGACGAGCAGGACAGAGAGGGCAGAACACCUUUGCAUUUUGCUUGCGCCAAUGGAUGUACAGAUAUUGUUACUUUUUUAGUGGACAACAAAUGCCAGAUAAAUAUCUACGAUAGUGAUAAAAGAUCUCCACUGAUGAAGGCUGUGCAGUGCCAGCAAGAAUUUUGUGCUAUUUACCUGCUUGAGCAUGGAGCAGAUCCUAACCUUGGGGAUGCAUACAAUAACACUGCCCUCCACUUUGCUGCUUCUAGUUCUAGCAUAUCUAUAGCACAGCAUCUCCUUGAACAUAGAGCUCAUAUUGAAGCACAUAAUAAGGAUGGGAGUACACCUCUAAUUGUGGCUGUAGCUGAAAAUAAUCGUGAAAUGGUAGAGUUUCUUCUUAAAAAAGGAGCAUCUGUACAUGCUACUGAUAAGUCAGGAAGAACUCCAUUGCUGAUUGCUGCCGCUAAUAAAAAACGUGAUUUAACAAAUGUUCUCCUCUUUCAUGGAUCAGAUGUUUCCCAUAAAGAUGAAAGUGGAUGGUCAGCAAGGGAUUAUGCUCUACUUAGUGAUGAUCCUAUCCUUCUUCAAUAUAUAGCUGAUUAUUCCAGGCAGAGAGAUAGAGAAGAGGAUUCUCUUGAUGACCAAAACGUCCUGUCUAUAUUGAGCAGCCCAGGCAAAGUAAGAGAUACUGGUAUAACCUUGGGUGCUCCUGCUACCAACAGAGAAGAUAGGGAGGGGCAGCAGUCAUUCAACCAGGCAGCAGGAGAUUCAGGGAGAGUUGUAGAUGACCAUUCCUCUGGAGAUUCAGUAAGAGUUUCUGAACAAAUGGAUGAUGACACAUGGCAGUCUUCAGAAGAGGAAGAAUUAGACUUCAGCCCUAAGAAACCACCAAAACCAAGUUUGGCUCACCUAAUGAAUGUUUCCCAGCAAUUGAAGAAAAGCUAUAAUGAAAAUGAGAGUAAUCAGUCAUUAAAAGAAAAUAUUAAAGCAGAAUCUCAAAAAAAUAUUAAUCCUAAUAAGCAAGAAUUGCAUAACCCAAAUGAUUCUUCUGAAAGUAAUGGGGAGGAAGAAAUUGAUGAGGGAGCGGAGGAGGAGGAGGAAGAAGAGGAGGAGGAGGAGGAGGAAGAGGAGGAGGAAGAAGAAGAAGAAGAAGAAGGAAGUGAGGAGGAGGAAGAUGAAGAAGGGGAAGAAGAAGGAGAAAUGGAAGAAGAUUUCAGUGAAGAAAGGGAAGAUGAAAACAUAGUAGUAAGUCAGGACAAGAUAAAAAAUGAAGAGGAAGAAUAUUUUGAAAAAUCAGAAAAGAGAGGAACUCUUGAACAUAAUGAACAGGAGCUGGAAGGAACUAUUUCUAACAGUAAUUGUAAAACAGGCAAAUUACAAGAUGAAGAAAUGCAGGAAUCUGAUGAUGUGCCGAUGUCUUUUAUUGCUGAGCAAUAUGAACAUUCACAUGAAAAGGUGAAUUGUGAACUAAUGAAUCAUUCAUUUCAAAAGGAAAAUAGUUAUGAACAUGAUGAUCAGUGUCAAAAUCCAAAUGUCUUCCAGGACACUGACGGAAAUAACAAAAUUGAAGAUGACAGCCAGAAAGGAUUUCACAAAAAUGUUACUUCUUCAUUUGAGACUUUUGAAGGAACAGUGUUAGCAGAAGCUGCAGUUUCAGCUCUCUUAAAUAGCCAUCAUAACAAUUGUAUGGAUUCAAAUCUAGGUGAUAGUAUUGAAAAUGAUGAUGGUUCUGACUCAGAGGCAGAAGUUAAAAGCAGCAAAACUAAAGAACAGAAUUCUGAAAACACUAAUUUUGUGGAUUAUCAAAAUGUUGGAGAAAAACAAUGUAUGGAUAUGAAAGAACUUCAGGAAACCCUAAAUGAAUCACUGGUAUACAAAAAUGAAAAAACUGAGGAAGAAGAUCUGAAAGCUGUUCAACAGGAUAUCAGUGUUGAAUCAGAAAAAGAAGAAGAGGAAGAGGAAGAAGAUAGUGAAGAGGAAGAUGGAAAAAAUUCAGAUGUUAUGGAUAAAAAAUUGCCUUGUAAUGAAAGUUCUCAAAAUUGGAAUGCUUCACAAGAUGCUGUUAUUAGAAAGGCUACAGCUGCAGUAGGAAUGGAUGGAGUGGAGAAGGAGGAGAAGGGUGCAGAAUCGCCAUGGGAUUCAGAGUGUAUUACUGAAAGCCCCAAAAAGUCAUCUGCCAGUUCCUUGCCAGCAUCUCCUGCCAAAAUUAUGACAUGCAUGCACAGUAUUACAGAAGAGCCAUAUGAAAGGAAAUCAGAGGAUAUAAAGCCAGAAACUGCCAGCACAAUCCUGCAACAUGAUGCUACUUCUUCUCAUGUUUUAAAGCAUAUAGAGAGCAAAGAAAAGCAAAAAUCAGAUUUAAUGGAAGAACUUGGUUUCGAUGAUGCAGAUGAUAUUGAAGAUGCAUCUGACUGGGAUUCUACCAGCCUUUCAAUUAAGAGUGUUCCCUGUGCUAAACUGUAUGAUGUCUUAAUGGUGGGAGAGCAUACAUCUCCAUUACAAUUAGGAAAAUCUGCUUGUAUAAAUGAAAACUCUGUUCUUUCAAGAGCACAACAACUGUGUGAUGGUCUGACAACAGUUGCAUCAAAAGGCCAGCAGGGUGUUGAACAAAACAAUACUGGAGAACUAGAAAGGGAUGAAAACAAGGAUAAAAGUGAAAUAGAUACACGCAACUCCUUAGAAAACCUAUCACUUGAAACACAGACAGACCAGUCAGAGGUUCCAUAUGUUUGUGAUGAAAAGAAAAUUGGAGCAGUAAUUCACAGUGAGGAACCAAACAAUGAAAGCAGUCAUUUUGAUUCAACAAUCUGGGAAGAAAGAUAUGAAAAAAUGUGGGUUGCAAAUGAAAAAAGAGAAGUCAAAUCACAUUUUAAGAGUAUUACUGCAGAACUAAAGCAGAUGUUUGGUGAAAUCAGUAAAAAUGAGAAAAAAAGUAAUACCCCUGUUGAAGGACAAUUGCAAGAUGGCCUCAGUGGUUUCUCAGAGGGUAUAAAAGAAUCACCACCACCUCAUCUGUCUAAAGCUACAAUUGGUACACCAGGAGAGGGUGAUAUUAGACAGUUGAAGCCUGUCAGUUCAGAAGAGAAAAUAAAUACUGAAAACUCAGUUUUAUAUCCUCAAAAAAAUGAGAGACCAAAUGUCAAAAUGGAUCUGAAAACAAACAAUGAGGUAUUGCCUAACAAUGCAGAAGAAGCAGGAGUAAAUGUAAAUGAAGUAAAAGGCGACAAUAAAUGUAUACAACUGGAAAAAAUUAUGAGUGGGAAUAUCAUAGCUUCAGAAAAAUAUCCUGAUUAUUCCCCACUGCCCAGUAGUAGAGACACUUCAAAUACAUUUUGUAAAAGAACAUUUUUCAGCCAUCCAACUGCUGAUCAUGGGGGUGCAAAUGUGGAAAGUGAAGAAACUCUGCACUAUUUUAAUAAUUGUGUCAGAAGCUGUAAAUAUUCUGAUACUGAGUCUGGAAAUCAAGUGAAAUAUUCUGUGGAAACCUGCUGUAUACCAUCAAAAAAACAACUGGAUGAAGAAUUAGAAUGUGAUGUUGCAAGAUUUAAGAAUGAGGUAGGAAUGCUACAGAUAGCGUUCCUGGCUUUGGAGAGAGAAAAGGCCCAACUACAAAAAGAGGUGGAAGAUGAAAAAAGAAAGCAGGGGUUGGAAGCUGAAGGGAAAAAAGAAACUGUUGUAAACCCUGGAAAAACGGUGGAUGAAGAAACUGAACAGAAAACCAAACAAAUGCCUACAGUGGAUGAAAACCAGUAUAUUAAAACGGAAGAUGACAAGACAGAAGAAAACCAAGUUAUAAACAGGAUUUCCUCACCAGAAAGAAAGCGGUUUAUGCCAAUUUCAUAUCAGGAUAAAAAUCUUUUUGCCAGUGGAAGAGAUGUAAGAAAAAGUGGAAAUAAAAAAACAGUUUUGAAACAAAGAGUUACUGAGGAGAUCACUGAUGACAGCAGUUUGAGUGAAGCAUCUCUGGAAGAAGAGAGACGUGCAGCCAAACCUGUGAAUGAAAAGAAAAAGAUCCAGAGAAGAAUGGGUAUUACAGUUGAUUUUGAUGAUUUAACACAGUCUUCAGAUACAGCUACAGAGGAUCUUGAAUUGCCUGCUACAAUCACCAAAGAAGCUAUGAUAUUGAUAGAGCAACUUAGUUCGGAUAGUAAAGAUUCUGUAAACAUCUUAAAACUAAGAAAUAUUUUCCAUGGAUAUGAACGCUUAAUUGAACAUGAAAAAGGGUGCUAUACUCAUCUUUCAGGAAAAGUGAAAAAACUUCAGAAUGAGAAAAAGGAGCAGCAGAGUAUACUAGAAGAAAUGAGAGAGUUGAAAUCUAUACUGGAUCAGCAGCAACUAGAACGAGAAAGUGAUAUCAGCAGCCUCAAGUUUUCUUUGAAACAAGAGGAGGAAAAGAGAAUGAGUGCUGAAAUGCUGUAUGAAAAAUCCCAAGAACAGCUAAGGAAGAAAGAAGAGCAAUACUGUAAACAAGUGGAGGAAAAGCAACAGAUUGAGUUAAUGCUGAGAAGUUCAGAAAUGGAACUGAGAACAUUGAGAAAUCAUCUGAAACAGGUUGAAGAAGAACGCAAUGAAAUACAGCAACAACUAUCUCAAGAACAAAAUGUCCGAGUUCUGCAAGAAGGUAUUUUGAAUACCCAUCUCUGGAGAAAGAAAGAUUUAGAAAAAGAAUCAGAUAAAGUAACAGCAAAACACUCAGAGAUGAGUGACAAUUAUGACCAAGAAAAAGAACUGUUACACAAAAAUCAAAUACUCCAAGAUGAACUUGCUGUAUUACGUUUAGAGCUUGACCGCAUAAGAGUUCACCAUCAGGAUGAAGAAAGUAAAUAUUUAGAAGAAAAUGAAGCUUUGAAAGAAAAAACAGAAGAACUUAAAAAAGAAUUGAAACUGAAUGAAGAUGCUUUGACUCAAACAGUUUUUCAAUACAACGGUCAGAUAAAUGUAUCAAAAACAGAGGCUGCAAUGAUAACAUCCAAAUUAGAACAUAUGAAAGAACAUAAAGAAAGACUAGAAGUGGAACUUGAUUCAUUUCGUUCUCGUUUGAGUUCUGCUGUUCAAGAACUUGAACGGUGCCAGACAUCAAAAAAUGAUGUUGAACGAGUGCUGCAACGAGAGCGGGAUGAAUGGAUUCGUUUAAAAGACAAGCUGAAUCAUGAUAUAUGUACUCUACGAGAAACUAACACCACCAUGUCUCAGCAGUUAACUAAAGCUGAAAGUAAAGCUAAUGGUCUAGAAAAUGAACUCCACCAUGUAACACACAGUCUCAGAGAAAAGACCUUGCUCUUAGAAAGUUGUCAAAGGGAUCUGAGUCAGGCCCAAUGUCAAGUGAAAGAACUUGAAAAUGCACGGCAGGCUGAGAAGGAUCAAAUGAACAAAUACAUUGUAAAACAGGAUUCUAUGCAAGAACGAUUAGCACAGCUCCAAAGUGAAAAUCUUUUACUUCGUCAACAGUUUGAAGAUUUUCAAAAUAAGAGCAUUAUUAAAGAAAAGGUAGUGACUGAUGUCCAAGAUAAAUUCAGUGAUAUUUUUAGUAAACUGCGAGUCGAUACUGAAAAGCAAGUGCAGCUGGUGGAAGAGAGAAAUAAAGAAUUAGUUACAAAAUGUAAUAAUCUAAGGGAACAAAUUCUUAAAUAUGAAGCAGAAAAAGCUGAUAGAGAGAGUACAAUAAGGCAACUACAACAAGAACUCGCAGAUUCUCUUAAAAAGCAGUCCAUGACAGAAGCUUCACUAGAAGUUUCAACACGUUAUCGUAUUGACUUAGAAGAAGAUAAACAGCAACUUCAAAAGGAAAUAGAGAGAAUGAAAGCAAAGCUCCAAGAAUCAGAAGAGCAGUAUUUUCAGUCAGAAAGAUGUGUUCAUAACUUUAAAAAUGCUUUGGAUGCUAAGGAACAUGAAGCAAGUGUGGCAUCUCAGAAAUUAAAAGACCUACUGGUAGCAUCAUCAGGUGCAAAUAAUGCUAUAAAACAAUUGGAAGAACAUGUACAGAGGCUUGAAAUAGAAAAUGCAAGAUUAGAAGCAACAACCAACCAACAGACCAAUCGAAUUGAGAUACUUCAGAAAGACCUGCACAAUAAUUCCUCUGUUCACAAUCAUCUUGAGGAACUGAUAACUGGCCUGCAAACAGCAAAAAUCAAUUUGGAGGAGCAAAUAAGUCAACAGGUCCAGAAGCAAACUAUGCUCUCAGCAACUGCACAAGGUACUCAUAAUAUGUGGGAAGAGGAAAUGAAGUCAAGAUCAAAACUUGGAGUUCGCCUUUCUGAACUUGACAGGCAAAAGACAGAACUAAUGGCUCAAUUGGAGAAUGAAAAGAAAAAAAUAAAGAAGUUAGUAGAGUUAAAACAAUCAGUGGAAACACGGCUAGAUCAAGAAAUGAAGAGAAACAGUGAAUUGCAAAAGGAAUGCAAUGGAAUUAAAAAACUUCUGAAAACUACUAAAAAGAAACUAAAAGAGUAUGAGAAUGGAGAGAGUUCAUCUCAGUCUAACUUCAAUGGAGAAAUAAAGAAAAGAUAUUCAGAAAUCGACAUUGAAGUUGGAAAGCUAACAAAGAAGGUUGAUGAACUGUCUCACAACCUGGCGAUCGAGUCAACAAGAUGCACUCAGUUGGAGUCUACAAAUCAUGAACUUUAUGAACAGUUGUCUUCUAUGAAGAUGCUUCACAAGAAUCAUGAAAAACUGGAGAGAAGCAAACAGCAGCUGGAAGAAGAAAUUGUUAACCUCAAACAGCACAUACAGGGUAAUGUGAUAGACCUCAACCAAAUGGAACAGUACAAGAGAGAUAUCGAAGAGCGAGCUAGACAAGAAGUAAGGCAAAAACUGGAAGAAGUCAAUUUGUUUUUGCAGACACAGGCAGCCUCACAAGAAGCCUUGGAACAGAUAAGAGCUACCAACAAUGCUUCCUUGAGAAGUCAGCUGGAAAACAGAAUUAGAGACUUGGAAUCUGAGCUGACAAAACUGAAAAGCAGUCAGCAAGAUAACAUGUUACAAAAAGAGUCUACACACACAGAACUGGAAAGAUAUAAGGAACUGUACUCAGAAGAACUAAAAAUGAGGAAGUCUUUAAGAAGCAAAUUGGAUCGAGCUAAUGAGAAACUAUCAGAAGCCAAUGCUGAACUCUACUAUGAACGCCAGAGGAGCAGAUCAUUACUUGCCAACGGUUUUUUAGGUGGAAACCUUUCUACAAGUCCUGUCUUAGAAACUGUUCAGUUUGGAAACCUUGGCUGCAAUUUAGCAUUAACUAGACCUCUUAGCCUUGGAGGAGAAUUUGUGAACCCAACCAGAAGCCCAUUAACCUCAAAAAACAGAGUGGAGACUUACUUGGCAAAGAUGCAAAUGGAAUUGGAAAAAAACAUCACCAAAGAGCUAGACCAAGCAAAAGCUGAACUUGAUGCUGGGUCAGCUAGAGUCUCCCCAAUAGGAGCUGUUGACGGAUCUUCUAAAAGCCCAAAUGCACAACAAGAUCAAGUAUCCAAGGCUACACAACAGUAUCUUGAUGUUUUAAAGAAAAACUAUUUGAUUUGAAUAUUUUUAAUGAAAACGUGCUGGUGUAACAUUGCUGUAUUACUUCACAAUGGAUAAAAUGAACCAAAUGUGAAAUCUUUAUUUUAUAGUUUCGAAUUACGUUUGAAUUACAUUAUAAACAUAUCAGGCACAUGGCACUUAUAUCUGGAAAAAUAUUGCACAGCUGUAUAGUCUUUUUAUUAUUAUUUCUAAUGAGAGCCAUAAUGCCUUCUUUAACAACUAUAUACUAAACUAUGUUGUACAGAACUGCCAAUGUUAUGUGUUCUAGAUAGGUCAAGUCCUUAACUGUUAUAUGUAGAUUUGAAAUCAAAAGUAUUUUGUGAAAAGUUUAGCAUAUAUUUGGUACUUUGUACUUUUCAAAUGGAUAUAGACAGGUAGUUUUUGAAAUGCUCUGGUACAUUUUCUUUGCUGUACCUUCUUCACUCCACUGACAUUGAACUUUUCUACUUCUUGUCAAUAGAUGUUUGGCACUGGAGUCCAACAUUUAAAGUUCAGCAUUAUUGUUUUCAGUGCAUAUGACCACAUGCAUGUCACACCUCUGUUAGGGGCAAUGAGACUUGAGGUCCCACAUUUUUUCAUAUCCAUGGUGGUCUGGAAUGGAUCCCACAUGGAUAUGAAUGUCCAAUUGUAUACAGUGCCAGUGAUUUCAAUGUAGCAACAUAAAACACUAUCUUUAUUCCCUUAAAUGCCCUUAUAUUGUUAUAACUGCGGCAUAGACCAAUUAGUACACAGCAAACAUGUAAAACACUAUACUUUCUUCUUUUUUUCUGCCUUUUUGUUUACUUCUUUGAAAUAAAAUACUUUUAGAUUGCAGGGAACUGUCAAACUGACAGUUUGUAAGUUGCUCAGGGAGACAUUUAAGGAUGAGGUAUAAAUACUUUCAAUGUUACCUUAGAUUGUUGGCAGUCAAUAUUGUUCAGUUUAGCAAACAUUCAAAUACAGUUAUUUGUCGGGAUCAACUUUUUUCUUUAUGAACCUUCUAGGCCCUUUAAUCUUACAGUUUAAUUGUUGAGCGGUUCCUUGAAAUUGCAAGAUUUAAAACUUUCCCUACAUAACAACAGAAGGGAAAAAUCCGUUUCCAAAAUGGUUCCUAUAGCUAUGGGGGAAAUUGCCCCAGAUUUCAAGGAGAGAUGAUGAGUCAAGAUUCUUCACAUAAGCAAAAUGAAAGACUACUGUAUAUACUCAUGUAUAAGUCUAGAAAUUUUAGUCAAAAAAUUGACCCAAAAACCUAGGUUGACUUAUCCAUUGGUCGAUGUAAAUUCUAUAUUUUAACGCUUACUAAAAAGGGAACCAUCCCCUGUUGAAAGGCAAGAGAGCAAUUUGCCCUGGAAGCACUGGCCUCCCUCUAUUCUCUCUUCCAUCCAGCCUUUACUGUGAGCCAAAACAGUUAGGCUUGUCAUAAUUUUGUAGGUUGUUUGGCAUUGGUUUCCUUUGCUUCAUCAUUUAGAUCCAUUGUUGCAUGUCCCAAAGUUUCACCCUCGACUUAUCCAAAGGUCAUAUGAAAAUCCAUAAUUUUGCCCCCUAAACCUGCCCUCGACUUAUACAUGAGGUGGACUUAUAGUUGAGUAUAUACAGUAAAUAGUGUAUCUGAGGUAUCAAAGUCUAGACAUUAAUUUCCAAUGAUGCAUAAGAGAUAUAGCCUAACCAUUUAGAAAUUGUUGUAAUCACGCUUUUGUUGCACCGAUUACUGUACAAGCUGCUUGCUUAAGAAAAGUAUCUUCAAGCAGUUCUGUAAUCCACUGCGCUAAAAAGACAUGACUUGAAAGCCAUAUGCCACAUAUUUUUGAAAUUAUCUGUUCUAAAGUAUAUUUAAACCAAAGAAAAACUAGGCACACAUCUUUACAAAAUUAAGUUAUACAAGGCCUGAGACAGAGGGCCAAAAGGUACAGCUUCUAGAUGCUUCAGGGGCAUGGUAUGCAGAUGACACACACACACCUGAUGCAGCCAGAAUGCUCUGAAGUCGUCUAAGGCGGCCUGGCAAAAGGAGCAGCGAAAGUCUACUUGCUGGCAGCCCUUUGAGACUGCAGUGGUGGCCCACUUUCAGAGAGGGCCUUGUGAUUGCCAUCGGAUCAGGGGCAAUCGAGCCCCUCCAAGCCACCAGUCUGCUUUACCCCACCUAAGUUAGCUGUUUGGGAGGAAGU